AGCACACUUCCGGUAAGGAAAGAUGGCUGCGUCCGUGGAGGACUCACGUGUGAGUGCGGGGAAAAAGCUGAAAAAGUCCCUAAAGAAGAAGAAGAAGGUGAAAAUGAUAGCCAAAGUCUUGCCGUCGGAGCUGGAAGAGGAGGUCAAAGGUGCUUCCGACAGCGGAGGUUCUGUAGGAAGCUGCGGAUCUGAAAAGGAUCACUUUUCUGAUGAUGAAGCUAUGGAUGCUGACAAUGAGGACGAUGCUGAACCCUGUGACAAAGAAAAUGAAAACACAGAGUCAGGUGUUGGGACUAAUAUGGGCUGGGCAGAUGCUAUGGCUAAAAUCCUUAAUAAGCAAAUUCCUAAAAGUAAACCCACCAUUCUCGUCAAAAAUAAAAAGCUGGAGAAGGAAAAAGAAAAGUUAAAGCAAGAAAGACUUGAGAGAAGAAAACAGCUUGAUAAGAAGCGGGAGUGGGAGAUGCUGUGCAGAGUAAAGCCAGAUGUUGUCAAAGACAAAGAAACAGAGAGAAACCUUCAGAGAAUUGCGACGAGAGGUGUGGUACAGUUGUUUAAUGCUGUUCAAAAACAUCAAAAGAAUGUUGAUGAAAAGGUUAAAGAAGCUGGAGGCUCCAUUAGAAAGCGUGCUAAGUUAAUAUCAACUGUUUCCAAGAAAGAUUUCAUCAGUGUUCUCAGAGGAAUGGAUGGACGUGCAAAUGAGAAGAGCUCAGCCGGCAAGAACUCAAAAGCCAAUCAGCCUGAAGCGAAGCCAGAAGAAACUCCAGGUUGGACGAUCCUACGUGACGAUUUCAUGAUGGGAGCCUCUAUGAAAGACUGGGACAAGGAGAGUGACGGGCCUGAUGACAGCCGACCAGGCUCUGCGAGUGACUGUGAUGUGUAAAACAAUGGAGGCAACACAGUUGGCAGUUGCUGUGUUUUUUCCACAAAGCUACUCCGAUCUCUGACGGGGAAUUAGAAGAAUACCCUUUGUGAGAAAGCCAAAACACUUUUACCAGCUUUGAUGUUUUCCCUUUACAUGUAAACUUUGGUAAAGUUCUAUUUUGAACUUUUGUAUACUUUGAGGCAUUGUUCCUCCAAACAUUUGCAACUAGGAAUAUUUCUGCUUACUCAGUAAGAUCCGCGUUGUGCCAGUAUUGUCAGAUGUUUACAGAUUGGUCAUGCCCGUGCUGUGCUGUCUCAGCGUCACCAGUGUCCUAGGCAUGCAGCCCUGGUUCAUAAGUAUAAUGAGCUUUUUGAAGUAAAUGGGUUUUUUGCCUUUCACUUUAGAGAUCGUGUAUCUAGCUUUGGGGAGUGGUGGAUUUUUCUGUGUUUUUGGUAAGUUGUAAAAACGUUUGCAAUGAAAUUAAAAUGUUUGAUUUUGCAGGACAAAUUAGGUUUAGUACCAGCUUUCUACUUUUAUAUUAUUUCCUUUUUCAUACCAAGUAAUACAAACAGGAAAUGCACUUAAUUUUCCAGUUAUUUUUUCACUAAAGAUUUAUUGAGCUUGAAAUUGUCAUGUGUAACUUAUGCAGAAGAUGAGCUUUCUUAGGAAGCAUAUUUGGUAUCUUUACUCCCUUCCUGUUCUGCAAACUGGACAACCCAAGCAGUGAAAUGAUGAAGUUACACAAGAGGUAAUCUUUUUUUUUUUUAUAAUAGGGAAAUUUACAUCAGAAUAUUGCUUCUGACUUGAGACUUGGUAUUUAAGUAAAAAGAGAAAAGUAAGGCUGUUCAGUAUGAUUCCAAAAUUCCUGCAAAACCCAGCCCCAGAUCUAAGUUUAUAAGGGAAUUAUUUAUUAAUGUAAUCUGUUCAUCUUGGAAAAGUAUAAUCUUUCUCUAUCAUUUCCAUAAUAAAAAUAGUUCCCUUCUACCGGCCAGUUGUACGCACUGCAUCUGUUACCUAUUGAAGGGGUAACCUUCCCCCGAAACAGUGUGCCAGAGCAGAGAUGGCUAUGUUUUCAAACCCAUUGGAGUGCUCUGAGUAUUAUGUGACUAACGUUAGAUUAGUUCAUGUUCUGGUAUUUGUUAUCGUAAAGGAAGGUAGACACCCAAGAUAUCAGCUUCUUAAAACAGCAAAGCUCAGAAUGUUUGUAUUUGUCCUAUCUUUUGAACUUCAGUUUCUUAUUUAAUUAGGUAACUGCCGUUUUGUCACUUCAAUAUAAAUAAAUGUGAGCAGUUAUUCCUCAGUGUUAAUACAGGAGUGCUUAACAUACUGAUGUAAGCUAAUAGGUAAUAUUUCUCUGUUUGAAUAGAUAAUAUUGCAGUGUAAUAUUGUUGAUAAUUUGGGAAAAAAUGUAUAACACUUAAAACUUGUUUUUCAUCAGAACUAAAUAUUAAAUUUUAUAUUUUUGUUGUUCUUCAGUCAUCAUCCAAAAAGUUUGCAGAAUUUUUUCCUGAAUAUUUUUGAUGAUACAAGCUGGGCAUGGCUUAUGUCAGAUGGUUAUAUGUAUAUAUAAAUUGCAUGAAAUAAUUCUGGUCAUGUGGAAAUCUGUUUAUUAGUAUUUCUUUUGUAUCUUGUAUAUAAAACUAUUUAAGCAGAUAUCGCCAUGUUUAAAUAUAAAUUUAAGAGCAAGCCUGUUUGAGAAACUGUCUUUACAUGAAUGUUUUAAAUAAUCUAAUGCCCCCUCUAUCCUAAAUACUUCACCUGCAACGUUAAAUUUUGUCUGAUACCA